GCAUAUUAAUGCCUUGCUGUCACAGACAAUCUUUAGUGUUGUGUAACAGAUACAAAACGGAUAUGUCGCACUGUUUGUGCCCCCAGGGGUCUCAAGUUUCCGUUACUUGGUUCUCAACUGUGUAACGCUGCAUCAUCGUUACUUUGUGCCCAAUAUCCUGCCGCCUCGAGCGCUGCUGUCCAGAUGGCGUCUCGCGGUAAUCUCCUUACCGCCGCGUGCCGCAUGUUCUUCUGAAUGAGGGAGGUAAGACAGAGGGGGGAAAAGAGGAGCUUUGUCAAGUUCAGUUGUGGUGUCAUUCAGUUUUUUUUUUCUGUCAAAGUGUGGACUAGGACGACGGAAAACAUAAUGUUUGGAAAGGACUAUUUUUUCUACUGGAGCCGUGUCUGCUGUCGCUGACAGAGAGACAGACAGGUGUGUGGGAAAAUACAGGUAGCUUGUUUUGCUCGACUCAUGCCAGAGCAACAAGUUGAAUGUAUCUAGACGCUGCACUUGUGAUGGGGAUAGAGCUUUGUGCUGGGACUCUACAACGACAGAUUGUGAAAUCCUACCUAUCAUGUGAAGGCUUUGGUUGUGGUUUGUGUGUGGGUGUGUGUGCCAGGGACAGAGACAGUGUAACAGAGAGCUAAGCUUCGUAGCCUCACCCUUGGGGCACUGGCCUGUAAAAAAUGUCCCUGUAACCCUGGAACCAUGAAACCAUGACAGUCAUCACUUAUUCAAGCGCUGCUGGAAGGCUUCCGAAAAAAAUCCAGGUUCUUGAACAUCCCUCUGCCUGCGGGAAUGUUCCAGAACCCAUUUCCGAGAUUCUAGAACCUCAGACCAUGCUGGACCACUCUGAGAAUCCGAUUCGGGAACCUUGUGGGGUCAAAGGCCAGAGAUGGAUUGAUGACGAGACAGGAGCAAAGGGAGAGAAAGCGAGAAGUAAGAGACAAACAUGGACGAGAGGAGUCAGCAGAGAGAGGAUGGAUGGAGGAAGGAGAGAGGAGCAGUGUAACUUAAGGAAUAAAUGCAACAAGGAAGUUAGAAAAAACCUAAAAAGUGGGAGGGCAUGUGUGGAAGGAACGCUCAAGAGCAAGACAGAUGUCUCGGAGAUCCUGUCAGUUGCAGAAACACAAGGUGAAAUCAAGCGAAAGGAGCAAGGGAUGGGUAAAAAGAAGAGGUGGCCUGUUUUUAUCUGGCCAUUUCAUCUGAGAAACAUCACUGAAGGAGAAGUGAAGAGAGGGAAAAACAUGAUGAAAGGGAUGAGGCGACAUAACAUCUUCCUCUGGUUAAUUCUCCUCCUCUUCAGCCUGUGUCCAAUACCUGCUUCAUCACAGGGACAUUUCCCGCGAAUGGAGAACAUUGCUGCCUUCAAACCUGUGUCCACCUCCCCGGCUCGUUCCACCUGUGGAGUUCCAGAGCGGCGCAGCUACUGUCAGACACCGUCCUCCCAGUCUGAGCUGAUGACAUGUUAUCAGGCCUUCUGUGUCCAGGAGUGUCCCUAUAGAUCCUCCACUCCUCCGUAUGCCCCACUGCUACUGCCUGCACACAGGGGUACCUGUGUAACAGAAGACAUUAAUGACACUCGUCCUGGGACUCGGACAGAGACUGGAACCACUUCCAGUUCAGAGGGGGCUUCUGGUAGGUCCAGUAGUGUGCUGUUUCGGCCAGUCCAGGAUGGAUGUCUGGUCUCUCCCCCCUCACAGAGUCUCGGAGCACUGGGCUCCCUCACUCUGGCAUUGUGGAUAAAGCCAAGCUCACCGGGGGAGAUGAUGCUACUGGAGAAGAACUCAGGGGCGCGGCUGUUUUUUUCUGUGACCGCGUCUGAGCAGGCAGUCACCCUGCGGUAUGGUCAGUACAGCAGUCAGACUCUGCAGACUGUCAACUUCAGAACUGAGGGGAGGCUUACACUGGACAGGUGGACACACCUAGUUCUGCAGGUUCAUGACAGACGUGUGAGUCUAUUCCUAGAUGGGCUUGAGGAGGAUGGGACACCAUUCGACACACAACCUUUGACUGCCAGGCUCUCUGAUAUCAGCGAGGAUGGAGCCAUGUGGGUGGGACUCAGCUCCAAUGGGUCUAAUCAGUUCAUUGGGCGGAUGCAGGAUUUUAGAUUUUAUCCUGCCACUCUGACCAACAGGGAAAUAGUUGAGGUGUACUCAGGGCUCCUGCCCGAGCUCCAUGUCCAGUCAGAAUGUCGCUGUCCUCCCAGUCACCCCAGAGUACACCCUUUAGUUGAGAGAUACUGCAUUCCCAAUGGUGUUGAGGACACAACCAAUGACAGAGUCUUAAGACUCAACCUUAAUGCUCAUCCACUCAGUUAUAUCAAUGAUCAGGACAUGGGCACCACGUGGCUUUCUAAGAUCAUGACUACACAAGAACUUGAUGAUGGAGUCACUAUCACCGUGGAUUUGGUUAAUGGACAAUACCAGGUAUUCUAUGUCAUAGUUCUGUUUGGCGGCCUCUUGCCUGAGUCAGUUCUGAUCCAAAGACGGAGACUUGUCUUAACAGAACUUCAGAGUGGCACCACCACAGAACAGCCCUGGUUGGACUGGCAGUAUAUGGCCAGAAACUGCAGUGUGUUUGAAAUGCAGAACAAUGGGCAUUUACUGACACCAGACUCGGUCAACUGUCUGCAGCUACCCAGUGACGUACCCUACUCAGGAGGUAACAUCACAUUCAGCCUGCUGACCCCAGAGCCAAACCUUAGGCCAGGCUAUAAUGACUUCUACAACAAUCCUGCCCUACAGAAGAUGGUGCAUGCCACCCAGGUCAGGAUACACCUGAGUGGGCAAUACCACACCAAAGCAGCCAGGGUGAACCAGCGACACAGAUACUUUGGCAUCAAUGAGAUCACCAUUAGUGGCAGAUGUGAGUGUCACGGCCAUGCAGACCACUGUGAUACCAGUGUGACGCCCUACCGCUGUCUGUGUCUGCCUGAGAGCCACACAGAGGGAAACAAUUGCGAGCGUUGCGCGCCCCUCUACAAUGACAAGCCAUUCAGAUCAGGUGACCAGCUCCAGCCUAUGAACUGCCGGUCUUGCCAGUGUCAUGGCCACGCCCUCUCCUGUCAUUAUGAUGUCAGAGCUGAUGACCAACCAGAGGAGCACUAUCGAGGAGGAGGAGGCGUAUGUGACAACUGCAUGCACAACACCACGGGUAGGAACUGUGAGGUGUGUAUAAGUGGGUUUUUCAGGCUAGAGGACUCUGAUCCCACUUUACAUGAUGUGUGUCAGUCGUGCAACUGUCACACAACUGGAACAGUCAACGGCAGCAUGGAGUGUGCCCAGGUAGGAGGUCAAUGUCAAUGUAAGGCAGCAGUAACAGGUCGUCGGUGUGCAGACUGCUGGCCUGGUUGGUAUGGUCUGAAGGCCUCAAAUCCAAAUGGCUGCAUCCGCUGUAACUGCAGUGACAUCGGCAUCGUCAGCAACUCAACAGGAGGAGUUCCCAGUUGCAACCAGGACACGGGACAGUGCCAGUGUAAACCCCAUGUCACAGGUCUUUCUUGUGACCGCUGUGAGUUUGGUUAUUGGAACCUGUCCCACCCAGACGGCUGCAUCCCAUGUGACUGCGACCCCCUGGGUUCCCUCAGCCCGUUCUGUGAGCCUGAGGGUGGACAGUGUGAGUGUAAACCUGGAGUGGGGGGCCAGCGCUGUGACUCUUGUGGCAAGGGUUUGUAUGGUUUAAGACUGGAGGGAUCCUGCACCCCCUGCAACUGCUCACAAGACGGGACAGUACCUGGAACAGACUGCGAUCCUCAUACAGGACAGUGUGUGUGUAAGAAACAUGUGGAAGGCCAUCACUGUGACUCUUGUCGUCAUGGUUACCACACCCUGGAGCAGCGAAACUCCCUGGGCUGUCUGCCAUGUGCGUGUGACAUCCAUGGCACUGUGCCAGAGGGCGUAUGUGAUAUGUGGACCGGACAGUGCCCAUGUCGAGAGGGAGUUGUGGGAGCACAUUGUACCAACUGUGCCCACGACUACUACAACAGGAGUUUACAUCUCCAGAAGGGUUUGUCCCAGGGCUGUGUACCAUGUAUCUGUGACCCCAGAGGGACAGUGGCGGGGUCAGUAUGUGACAGCACUACAGGGCAGUGUGUUUGUAUCCGUACACGCUUCGGACAGGAUUGCAGUGGAUGUCGACCUGGCUUCUACCUCUCUCCAGAUCAGAGUAUGUGUGCAGAGUGUGACUGCCAUCCCAUGGGAGCAUCGCAGCGUGGUUGUGAGAGCCAGACUGGACAGUGUGUGUGUGCCCAUCCGUCAGUGGGAGGACGACGCUGUGACCAGUGUCGUGAGAUGUUCUUCGGAUUCAACCCUGGCCUGGGCAGGUGCCAGCCUUGUGCAUGUGACCCAGUGGGCAGUGUCAAUGGUUCAUGUGAUCCAGACUCAGGAGUGUGUGUGUGUAAGCUGCUGGUAACUGGACACAAGUGUGACAUAUGUCAACCUGGAGCAAGUCAUUUUGACCCAGAGAACUACUUUGGCUGCAGUAAAGCGCCCUUCCAACAGCCUGCACCAGUAGGUUUUGCUCACAGUUAUUCUUCCAUUCAUCUCUCUUGGCAUCCACCUGACUCCCCAAACUCAAACAGACUCAACUACACACUCAUCAGGGAUGGACAGUCAGUGCAUAGCGUUCAAAGUCUCUAUCCUUUCAGCCAUGAAUCAUUUGAAGACACUGGUUUGUUUCCCUACACCAACUACUCUUACUGGCUUGUCACAGCUAAUGUGGCCGGUGCGACAAUAAGUGCAUCAGCCUCAUACCAAACUUUAGGUGCACCACCUGAAGCAGAACAGCUCCAUUUAAACCUUGUGGGACGACCUGGUCCAACCACCGCCAGCUUUAACUGGAGCACACCACGAAAUGACACAGGCCCAGUGGAAAGGUUUGUGUUAUCCUCCACGGAGUCAUCUAAUGGAGCAGAGCCCAUCAUUCACUACACAGGCUUAUCUACAGAGGCUGUGGCAAGAGGCCUAAAGCCCUUCACCCUAUACACUGCAAUACUGGAGGCUUGUUCUUCUGGGGGUUGCACUUCUACCCCACCACUGUCUUAUCUGACAGCCUCUGCGCCCCCACAAAACCAGCCUGCCCCCACAGUCACUGCAACAGGACCGCAUACACUUCAUGCUUCCUGGGAGCCCCCCACUCAGCCAAAUGGUGUUAUCACAAAGUAUGAGGUCUUUCUACGUGGACCAAUGGAAUCACUGAACCUCUCAAGUCCUACCGUUGAGAAGAGGGUGUUCUUCAGCUCUGGUUGGCUGGAUCCAAGUGCUACCCCAGAAGCACAGCAAAGCGAUAGGAGCACAGUCGCACCCCCUGAGAGCAGUACCAUUGUGGCAGAUCUGCAAGCAUUUUCCACCUAUCAGAUGAGAGUUUUGAGCACCAAUAUGGCAGGAAGUGUCACAUCAGGGUGGACCACAGCACGUACCAUGGAGGGAGUCCCAGAGUUGAUGGCUCCUCCAGAAGUGUCUUCACUGUCAUCCACCACUCUCAAAGUUGCGUGGAGCUCCACUGAAGGUCAAGGGAUCAUCGCCAGAGGACAGGUCGCAGAAUAUCGCGUCAACUUGCUCACUGAACAGACCAACAAUCCCUAUGCUCCACCGCUUAUUAGCCAAGUCUUGCAUAGGGCAGGACCAUCGUCACAGCCUGUUUAUGUAGUGAAAGGACUGAAGCCUUACCAUGUGUACAACUUCACUAUUACACUCUGCACAAAGACAGGUUGCAUUACCAGUCUGCCAAGCACAGGACGGACCCUACCAGCAGCUCCAACAGGACUGUCUCCACCUCAAUUACAUCCAGUAAAUGAAACCACCAUUCGAAUAGACUGGGAUCCCCCAGCCCAACUCAAUGGCCCACAUCCACUAUAUCAGGUGGAGAGGACAGACGUCUCUUUCUCUGACCCACAAGAUCCUGUGAUCAGGGGAACCAGAUUCCCAGGAAACAGUUACUACCAGUUUCCCAGUGACACCCUACCUGUCAACACUGACUUCACAGGUGUUGAGUUGAGUUUUAAGACUCUGUCCCCAGAUGGCCUGCUGCUCUGUGCCUUCUCUCCAGGAAAUCAGGAAGAGUUCCUGGCAAUUCAGAUAAAAAAUGGACGCCCUUACUUUUUGUUUGACCCGCAGGGCUCAGUGGUGGCUGUGAGCGUACAGGGUGAUGGAGGGCACAGCUACAAUGAUGGAAAAUGGCACAGUAUCAUAGCAACAAGGCAAGGGGCCGUGGGAACAAUCAUUGUAAACAAUCAAUACAGAGGAAGUGAAUCUGCUUCCAGUGGCAGCUCCAUUAUUGGUGAGAACACAGGGGUGUUCAUUGGAGGGCUGCCUGAAGACUUUAGUCUGCUUAGAAAUGAUUUGGGUAAUGCACGGCUAGUGCGACAGGGUUUCUCUGGUUGCCUUAGAGACGUGAGUUUUAAGUUGACUGACAGCCCCUCAGAGGAAUGGAAACCUCUGGACUGGGCCACAGCAACAAAGAAGGUGGCAGUGUAUGAAAGCUGGGAGGGAUGCCCUGUUCAAACUGUGGAUGGAGCACAUUUUCUUGGUCAUGGUUACUUGGAGAUGCGCAGAGAUGUUUUCGGUGGGGGGCAAGAGUUUGAUAUUUCUAUGGAUUUCAGAACAGACCAGUUCAAUGCUCUUUUGCUCUUUACAUACAGUACACAAACUGAUGACUACAUGCUGGUGGAACUGGAAGCCGGCCUCCUGUCCUUCAUUCUUGCCUCUGAAGGUCACGUGACUGAACUCAGCAUGUGGGUAGGGCUUAGCUACUGCGAUGGAGACUGGAAACAGCUUUCAUUGGCAAAACGUGGCUCACUCAUCUUUGCUGCAGUCGAUGACUGGGCAGAGGAGACAAGAGGAGCGGGAGGAGCAGUUAGGUUGAGAGUUGAUGCACCAUUAUACUUGGGGGGCGUGCCCAUGGACCUCAUACAUCCUGCUCUGGAUAGGCAAAGUCACAAACACGGCCUGGGAGGUUGCAUAAGGGCUCUUACCAUACGAAGUGAUGAAACAAACCCUCCUGUCAGUCAAACUGUUAAUCUCUCUGUUGCCUCCCGCCGUUCUGUUAGAGUCUACUUAGACGGCUGUCCCACAAGUGAAAGCCAUUACAACUGCAGAGGAAACGAUUCAGUGUUGGUGUAUAGUGGGACGAAGACACAAGCCACAGAUUAUAGUCUACAGCCUUUCACUGAGUACUUGUACAGGUUUGUGGCCUUGGCUGCCGGAGGUUGGGCUGCAGGAUCUUGGCAGAGAGGACGCAGCCUGAGCAAAGUACCAAGUUCUGUACCACCUCCUACUACAGUGCAGAGCUUGAAUGGCUUCAGUGCCAAGGUGAGCUGGUUGCCACCCACUGGCGACAUCAGAGGGCUGAUUGACAGAUACGAGUUGAAGGCCUACAAUAGAGACCAGCCGGAGCUACCACCUGUCAAAGCCACGUACCUGGCAAAUGGAAAUUUCACAGGUGUGCUGCCGGGUCUCACUCCAUCCACUCGAUACAUUAUCACUGUAAGUGCCUGUAGUCCUGUUGGCUGCACUGAGAGUCUUCAUAAUGACAAUGGUGAUAAUGAUUUGAGAUCAAGCCUCACAACCCCGGAGGAAGCUCCAGAUGUUGUCACUCCUCCAGCUGCUGUCUCAUCCCCCUCAGCUCUUUAUGUUACCUGGGAACCUCCAGCAAGGCCCAAUGGAGGCAUUACAGAGUACCUCCUCUAUCAAAACAACCAAAUAGUCUACAGGGGGAAAGACAGACAACACAACAUCACUGGUCUUGGAGUGUAUUCCAACCAUGUCUUUGUACUGAGUGCAUGCACUUCAGUGGGCUGCACCAACAGUUCACAAGUAACUAUGCUGACCUCUCAGCUUCCUCCUGGGCCUCUACAAGCUCCAACUCUUACCCUGCUUGACUCGCGGACUAUUCUGGUAGAGUGGUCACGUCCCUCUCAAGUCAACGGUGCUUUGGAAUUCUAUUCUAUCUUCCUGUCACAUGACGGCUCAGAGCCCGUGCUGGCCUAUAACAGCUCAGAACUUUUUGAAGACCACACACUCCGCAACCUAACCCCUGGAACAGCUUACACCAUCACAGUCGCUGCCUGCACAGGAGGUGGGUGUACCUUAAGCCCUCCCAGCCAGGCUCAGACUGAGGAGAGCACCCCAGAGAAUGUCCCUGCACCACUGGUCACCCCUUUGUCCCCGCAUGCACUCAACGUCAGCUGGACACCUCUUGACACUCCGAAUGGAAUCAUAACCAGCUAUGGUCUCUGGCUGGAUGGAGUUCUCAUUUUAAACUCCAGUUCAUCUCAGAGGUUCUUUGUGGUGGAGGGACUCUCUCCAUGGAGCCGACACAUACUCAGGCUGCAGGCCUGCACAGCACGGGGCUGUGGGAAGGGACCAAUGGUGGAGAUCCGUACAUCAGAGAUGUCCCCAGAAGGCCCUAUUCUGCUGGAACUAACCAAUCAGAGUGCUCGAUCAAUCCGAGCCCGCUGGACAGCCCCACCUAGGCCAAAUGGGAACCUCAGCUACACAGUGUACUACAAAAGCAAAGAUGGCGAUGGUGUGUUGGAAGGAAGUACAGCAGCAGGCAGCUGGUUGUCUGUGACUGAUCUACAGCCUUACACCAACUACAGCUUCUGGAUCAGAGGUUGUAACACACAGGGUUGUGUUGAGAGCCUGCCACUCAGUGUUACCACACCCCCAGCAGCCCCAGAUGGGUUGUCACCUCCGAGGUUGUCCCAUGCAACUAGUAACAGUCUGAAUGUAUCCUGGUCUGCUCCUGCCCACUCCAACGCACCAGGCCCACUCCGUUACAGCCUGCAAAUGAGGACAUCACCACAGAGGCCAGUGAUAAGGCUUAUGGAAAACGCAACAGACACCUUUACGUAUCACAUAGAGGGCCUGUCACCGUACACGCAAUAUGUGUUUAGAGUGGUGGUUUCACACACACAUGGGCAGACAGUCGGCCCCUGGGCAACCCUUCUUACCGCCGAGGACAGUCCGGGACCAGUGGACACUCCAGCUGUAUCAGGGCUCCAUCCUAGAAGUCUAACAAUUACCUGGGUUCCUCCUUCCCAACCAAAUGGCAUUAUUACCAAUUAUACCCUCUCUCUUUUCCCCAGCUCUAUCUCUUCUUUAUAUUUCAAACCCAGCUCAGUCUCCAGCACCAGCACGCCCCUUAACUCAAGCUUAGGUCCUAACCCAAGCACUGAAGGUGCAUAUCUCAACUCAGGUCAUAACCUCAGAUCAACAUCCAGUCUUACCACCCCAGGCUCAAGCCACAUCUCCAUGUCUACUGUCAACACAGGCAGUAAUGACAGUUCAACCACAAUCCAAGGCACUAGCUUGAGGCCUGAAGACAACCAGAUUGAGUCAGUUUAUGGAAGAAAUACAAGCCAAGGCCCCGAUUCCGUUUCAUUUUACCCCAUGACAGCCAGUGUAAAGCCAAGCCCCAGUCUUUUACUGUCAAACCCACAAUACAGCAUGACCACCUCUAAUACUGAACAUAUUCUAAACCAAGACCCCUUCCACAGCCCCAUCUCUGGUUUCUUUAGUGCAGCUUCAGAUUCAAAUUCGUCCCCUCUAUCAAUCACUGUUCCAGGGAACACCACUACCUACACUUUCCUCGACCUGCUGCCAUACCAGACCUACAGCCUCCAGAUGGAAGCAUGCACCAGUGUGGGUUGUUCAGUGUCUGGGAUGUCUCCGAGCUUCCGUACCCUCCCAGCUCCCCCUGAAGGGGUUCCUGCACCUCACCUUUACUCUGACACCCCAACUUCUGUUCUCUUGUCCUGGGGUGCACCGGAGUUGAGCAAUGGCCCGCUGGAGCGAUGGCUGAUUGAGCGCAGAGUUGCUGGGACUAAACAAGUGUCCACAGUGGGCCAUCUCCCACCAGACCCUCCUCCUCUUUCCUUCCUGGACUCUUCAUCAGCUCUCAGUCCCUGGACUAGCUACCAGUAUCGGCUUGUGCUCCAUAAUCAGGCUGGCAACACAACAGGACCCUGGGUCAAUAUCACAACCAGACCGUCUCGGCCAGCUGGUCUCAGUCCACCGAGGGUGAAGGUCUUGGGUACAGAGUCACUUUGGGUCACGUGGUCUCCUCCACUUAUUCCCAAUGGAGAAAUCCAUGGUUAUGAGAUCCGCCUCCCGGAACCCCGCAUCUUCCAUGACAGUGCAAAUUCUCCUGAGCUCAACGUCACAAUAACGGACCUCAUUCCAUACACGAACUACAGUAUCACUUUGUUAGCUUGUUCCAUGGGUGGUGGAUAUGUUGGAGGAUGUACAGAAAGCCUGCCCACUCUAGCUACCACAUUACCCACAAGUCCUGAAGGUAUUGCACUACUGUCCGUAGUGGCAGUCAGUGAGUCUUUCUUGGCUAUUUCCUGGCAACCACCAAGCAGACCCAAUGGACCUAACAUCAGAUACAAGUUGCUCAGACGUAAAAUCCACCAGCCCCUGGCCAUUGCCAAGGUCCCCACGGUAACAGCCAUGUCCCCUCCCCCCUCUGAAGAUCUCCAUCGCUGGCUCCAUGUUUACUCCGGCACCAAAUUGUUCUACCAAGAUAAAGGCCUAAGCAGAUUCACCCGUUACGAGUACCAGCUAGAGGUAGAGAAUGACGUAGGCUACUCCUCAGGAGAGAUUGUUAGCGGUGUGACCAUGGCGGGGGUUCCCCACCACCUUCCGUCUCUGUCUGCCCAAGCUAUCAAUCACACUGCUGUACAGGUCAACUGGACACAACCCUCUGUACAAGAUCUGCAGGGAGACGUGGAAUCUUACUUUCUGACAAUAGAGUCUGCCCAGUCAAGUCAAAUCUUGGUUUUCCCCCAAGAUAUUAUCUCCACAGUGAUAAGUGACCUCUGGCCCAGUACCACAUAUCGGGUGUCAUUACAGGUGUCCAAUGGAGCACAUAAUACAACUAAGGCAAUGGGUAACGUCACCACAGAGGAUGGAGAGCCAGACGGGAUGUCUGCCCCAGAAGUGGUGCCAGUUAACAGCAGUACAGUACGUGUGCUAUGGUUCCCUCCUCUACGGCCCAAUGGAGCAGUUACUGGUUACUACAUCUAUGUUAAUGACCGUCUUCAUGGCAGUGUAGACAACAGCUCAGGGUCCUACCUGCUGGGGGACCUGCUGCCUUUUACUGUCUACAAUGUACAGGUGGAGGUGUGUACUGUGUAUGCGUGUGUGCGGAGUAAUGUUACUCAGACAACUACUGUGGAGGACCUGCCUGCUGACAUGGCCACACCGCACACACAAGUGAUCAGUCCCAGGGCGGUGAGGUUGGACUGGUCCCAUCCAGGCAGACCCAGUGGGAUUAUGCUGGGCUUUGAGAUCUUAAGACGGACCCUGAGGUCAUGUGCUGUUGGGUCAACAGGGGUCACAUCCUCUGUCGGGGAAGAGUCAGCAGGUGCAGGUGGUGUAAAAUUCAGAUGUUCCUACCUGCAGUGUCCUGCCAGUCAUGGUGUGUGUGGGACAUCCUGCUUCCAUCCUGACAUUCAGGUUUGCUGCAGUGGACUAUUGUACACUAAGAAACCGCAUCAUCACUGCUGUGAGGGCAGAUACCUGAGUUUAAGUAAUUUUUCCAAUCCGGCAUGCUGCAAUGGCAAACUGCUCCCAGCUCUCCCUGACCACCAGUGCUGCGGAGGAUACUAUGUUCAUGUAAAAACCAAUGAAAAGUGCUGUCCUGACCACUCGCAGGGCCGGGUCUCAGUGGGCCUGGGUGACAGCUGCUGUGGGGGGGUUCCUUACUCGAUGAAAGGCAGGCAGGUCUGCUGUAGUGGGAGCCUCCAUGAUGGCUAUGGGGUCCAAUGCUGUGGAGGCCGGAUUGAAGAUGAUACAUUGGUGUGCUGCGGUGAUGCUGAGAGGGGGGAAGGGCAUACAUAUGCCCCAGGUUUUGUCUGCUGUGGUCAGGAGUAUAUUAACUCUUCAACCUCUCUUUGCUGUGUGGACAAUGACGGAUAUCCCACAAUACACCCUGCUGGCAAUGCUACAGUGACAUUGCAGUGCUGUGGGUCAAAGGUCAUACAUCAAGAAGAGGAAUGCUGCAACGGGAUUGGCUAUGACCCCCAAAGACACGUGUGUGCUGACCAACCCACGCCGGGCCUGUUAAUACAGCACAUGUGUUUGCAGGGCGCUGUGUGUCCCGUGGCUGCAGCAUCCACAGCUUAUUGUGGCUCCUGUGACCUCGAUCCAUCUAUGACCGCUUGCACAUGGGUCCUGUCUGUGCACACACAGCCUGACACACCCUCCACAACAUACUCACCUUCCAUCAACACCACACAUGAAACUCUCACCACGGGCCUCUCUACACGUAUGAACACAAGUGAUAACACACACAAAAUGCAAUUCGAGGGAGGCCUGUGCCCAUCGCAUGAGGAGGUAGUGUACAGCGGAGGAGCCAACAGAUACACCUAUACAGACUCUGACCUGGAGCCCUUCACCACCUAUGAGUACAGGGUGAGGGGCUGGAACAGCUUUGGAAGAGGCUCCAGUGAUGUUGCAACAGUGACCACCACUGAAGACAAACCAUGGGGAGUUGCACCGCCCCGUUGGAGUCGCUUAGGAGAACUAGAUGACAUCAUCCAGCUGCAGUGGCAACCACCUGCCAGGCCUAAUGGGUGGGACAUCACCCACUAUGUUAUACUCCGAGAUGGACAUGAGCGUUACCGUGGUGAAGAAAACAGUUUUACUGAUGUGGGUGGGAUCAGGCCUUUCCAGGAAUACAGUUACCAGCUGAGGGUUUGUAACCGGGCUGGUUGUACUGACAGUUCACAGGUCGUAGCAGUGACAGUCCAGGGUUUCCCAGAGGGCGUGCAGCCUCCAUUGGUAAGAGCUUUAAGCCCCUCCUCCCUCCAUGUGAGCUGGUCUGAACCUACUCGUCCCAGUGGAAUAAUACAGCGGUACCACCUGAACCAGACUGGUGUCGGAACCAUAUUCACACACAACGAUGGGCCCAGGAGUUAUACUGUGACUGGUUUGCAGCCGUACACAGAAUACAGCUUUGUGUUGGUGGCCUGUACAGCCUUCGGAUGUGGAGCCAGUUUACCUUCCACAGGACGCACCUUGCAAGCCUCCCCUGCUGGUGUUUGGUCAAAGCCCCAACAUCUGGUAAUAAACACAUCUGUGGUGGAGCUGUACUGGGAUCAGCCACACCAGCCUAAUGGACAUAUAUCCCAGUACAGACUGAGCAGAGACGGUCACACUAUUUUUACCGGAGACCACCGUGACCAGAAUUAUACCGAUACUGGACUCCUGCCAAACCGCAGGUAUGUGUACGAGCUGGAAGCCAGUACAGAGGGUGGGACUGGUGUAAGUGACGAAUACGUUAUACAAACACCCGUCUCGUGUCCCACUGGGAUCCCACCUCCCCACAAUGUGACUGUGUUUGGCCCCCACUCCAUCUCUCUUGUCUGGACCCCUCCUGCUCACCUCAUCAGCAGCCAGCCUGUAAACUACAACAUCCUGUUAAAUCCAGGAAGUGACAGAGCCGUAAUGCAUCAUGCUGGACAAGACCUGCACCUCACUGUGGCUGAUCUAGAGCCAUUCACCACCUACUACAUCAGAGUGCAGGCCUGUCAAAUUGAGGGGUGUGGAGUGGGAGGGGGUGUAUAUGUUCAGACUUUAGAGACCGUCCCAGAAGGUCUGCAACCCCCCACAGUAAAGGCAGCUGGAGCCAGUGUCCUGGAGAUCCACUGGUCACCCCCACAAAAACCCAAUGGACUCAUCACGUCCUAUCAUAUAUACAGGCGUCCAGUAGGAACAGAGGAGGAGCUGCUGGUUUUCAUCUGGUCCAGUGGACCGCUUGAGUUUUUUGAUGCAAGCCCCACCCUGCAACCCUUCAGCUACUUCCAGUACAGGGUCCGUGGCCACAACUCCAAAGGCUCAGUUCUGAGCCAGUGGGCUUUAGUGCAGACCUUGCCGGCAGAACCAAAAGAUAUGGCCCCUCCCACUGUCAUACCCACCAGUGCAUACUCAGCCCAACUGAAAUGGAGUGAACCAGGACAGCCCAAUGGUCUCAUUUCCCAUUAUAGAGUGGUUUACAAGAAGCACCAACAGGACCCAACGCUCAACUCAACCGUUGUUACUGCUCUCACUGUGGAGGGUUCAGUCCUAGAAGCGACAGUCUAUGGUCUUGAACCGUACAGUCAGUAUAGUCUACGAGUGGAAGCUGUGAACGAUGCUGGUAGCGUGUCCAGUCCCUGGGUUGGCAUUAGGACCCUAGAAGCUUCGCCUGCCGGCCUGGCCAACUUCACAGUGGAGCAGAGAGAGCAGGGCAGGGCGUUACUGCUGAGCUGGGAUCAGCCAAGUGCUCCAAAUGGAAUCAUCACGAUGUAUAACCUGUACAGUGAGGGGAACCUGGAAUUCAGUGGGCUAUCGCGCAACUUUCUGUUUCGUCGUUUGGAGCCAUGGACUAUAUAUUCUUUGACUCUUGAAGCUUGUACCUCAGCAGGCUGCACACGCACCCCUCCUCAGCACAUCACCACAGCAGCGGCUCCACCUGCUUCCCAGGCCCCUCCCAGGCCUCUCUUCAUUGGCCCAGACCAUGUGUCACUUACCUGGGGCCCACCCUCACAGCCCAAUGGGCCAAUCGGAGAGUAUUUCUUACUUGGGAGAAGUCUGGAGGAAGUGGGGAGGGGACGAAGCAAUGAAGAGGGUACUGAAAGGGGAAAGGUGUUAUUCAGAGAAUCAUCCCCACAACAUGCUGACACCUUUUCGUAUACAGUGACUGGUCUGCGUCCCUGGACGCAGUACGAGUUUAGUGUCCAAACUCAUAAUCCCGCUGGACACACCCGUAGUCCCUGGGUUACUGUGACAACCAGACAGGCCCCUCCUCGUGGUCUAGCCCCCCCAACAGUUAGUCAUCUCCAAGGCCAGCCUAGUGAGGUGUUGGUGUCCUGGACCGCUCCUCUGGAGCCCAACGGGGUACUUCAGUCCUACAGGAUUCAGAGAAACAAUAUCAGUUUCUCAUUUAGUUUUGACCCGACUGUCCUCAGCUACACUGAUGAAGACCUCCUUCCAUUUUCAACAUAUAGCUACUCAGUCAUAGCCUGCACGUCUGAGGGAUGCAUGACCAGCCCUCAAACAAACAUCACAACUCUAGAGGCUCCACCUGCCACAGUGGAAGCUCCCACAGUAGACAGCACAACAUCCAAUAGUAUAAACAUUUCCUGGAGCAACCCACUGACAAACAAUGGAGAGGUGACUGAGUAUGUGCUGAAACUGAACAACGAAGAAGCUUAUCGUGGUAGAAGCCUGCAUACAGUGUUGUCAAAUCUGCAGCCACACACAUCAUAUCAGCUGGUCCUUUUAGCUUGUACCAGCGGUGGGUGCUCUGCCAGCACAACGCUGUCCACUGUAACUGGUGAGGCUCCUCCCACUGGCCUGCCUGCCCCAACUCUUAAGGUCACUGGCCCAGAGUCAGUGGAGGUUAGCUGGAGACCACCAGAGCAACCUAAUGGCAUCAUCACCGGGUAUGAGCUUCGCAGAGAUGGGGAAGUUAUCUUUGUCGGCACAGAGACCCAUUACCACGACUUCACACUUUUGCCAAGCGUAGAAUAUAGCUAUGUUGUCAGGGCCAACAACAGCAAAGGAGCAGUGAGCAGCUCGCCAGCCACUGCAAAGACUCACCCAUCAGCUCCUUCUGGUGUCGGUCUCCCCACACUGACGCCUCUGGGACCAAGCCAGCUGAGAGUAGAGUGGAGUACUCCAGCCCGUCCUAAUGGAGACAUUGUGAGUUACACUAUAUUUCAAAGAGAUCCAGUCCAGCUCAGCAUCACCAGCACUGUAUUCACUCCAGAGGAUGGUGACUUCUCUGCCCGACAUGCCACUCUGCAUGAGCUGGCUCCUUACCACAGGUAUGAAGUGAGGGUGGAGGCUUGCACAGCGCUGGGCUGCUCCUCCAGUGACUGGUCAUCUGUACUCACUCUGGAGGCUCCCCCUGCUGGACAAACAUCGCCACUGUUAGACCUUCAGCCUGACACACACACCAGCCUACAGACCACCUUCCUGCUCACCUGGUCUCAUCCAACUCAGCCAAAUGGUAGAAUCCUUCAUUAUGAGGUGUACCGCAGGCUGGACCAUACAUCUGACACCCACAGAAGGGAUGCAGCAACACUUGUCUACCGGAAUAUCUCUGCUACGUGCAAAGAUGAAGCACUCCAGCCGUAUACUGUCUACCAGUACCAGGUGUGGGCAGUGAAUUCAGCUGGCCAUUCUGCCAGUGCGUGGGCCAGUGGGCGAACAGGACCUGCCCCACCGGAGGGUGUCGGUCCACCUACUUUCCUACGCGUUUCAGCAACCUCAGUGGUAGUGGACAUCCCUCCUCCGGCCCGAUCCAAUGGGAUUGUUAGCCUUUACAGAGUGUUCUCUCUGAAAAACAACAACCAUACUCUGCUCUCAGAGGGUACAUCCCAUCAGCAGACACUCCAUGGUUUACGUCCUUACACCCAGUACUGGGUAGGAGUAGAGGCCUGCACCUGUUAUCAGUGCUGCAGUCAGGGUCCACUGAGAGAGUUCCACACCCUGGCUGCGCCCCCAGCCCACCAGCCUCCUCCUCGCCUCGUCACCCUGACCUCCCUCUCUGUUCAGCUGGAAUGGGAUGAGCCUCUGGCACCUAAUGGAGUCAUUGAGAGCUGUGAGCUUCAUCUCAGAUCACCUUGUCCGCAGCCCCCCCAGCCUGUGCCCCUCGCUUGCGUUAAAGGACCGAUGGAAAUCUGUUUCUUUGGCAAAAGGCGGAGCUACAAUGUGACAGGUCUCGAACCAUACUCCACCUAUCAGCUGAGAGUUGCCUGUUUCAACAACAUGGGCAGCACUGCCUCCAACUGGACGACUGUUACCACACUCAGUGAAGCCCCCCAGUAUGUGUCUCCUUUCUCCGUGGACAGUAACCUGACAGUUAUCUGGCUGGACUGGGCAGGGUCGUUCUCCCUCAACGGCUACCUGAAGGAGUAUAGCGUGACUGAGAGCCAACUGAGGGUGUACACUGGCUUCUACAGCUAUAUCCAUAUUCCACGCACCUCACAGAAAACUCUGUCAUUUCAGGUGACUUGUACCACCGAAAGUGGCAGCGCCAGUACACCCACCAUUAGAUAUAGUCCUGCCACAGGCCUAGCUCCUCAUGAGCCUGAAGACAGUGGUAAACAGGGUGUCAGCAUGUCAGCAACACCAGUUUACUCAGAGCUGUGGUUCAUCUUGCUGUUAACCCUGCUGGGUCUAUUUCUGCUAGCAAUACUGCUGGGCCUGGUGCUGCAAAGAGCCCUGAGGAAAAAUCCAUCAGCCAGAGAGCGCCCUCCGCUGGUCAUGCUUCAGAAGACCAGGAAGGCUGGGGGAGAGACGUACACGAGGCCCUGCCCUGAGUUGUGCUCUAAGCAUCACUCCAGCUCUGUGUUCCUCCCCGAUCGUCCCACAGGUCUGACAGACACAAAGAUAGUCGGCAGCAGCUCACGGUUCAGCCCCAUGUCUGUCCUACGGGUUCCCAGCCAAACAGACCUCAGUCAAGCCUAUUCCCAGCAUUCCCUGCACCGCAGCGUCAGUCAGCUGAUUGACAGGAAGUCACUGAUGAUGGAGGAAGGAAGCUGGGAUAACCCGCUGGGACAAGAUUCUGGACUGUACGUGGAGGAAGAUGAAUUUGUGGAUGCCAUCAAGGCCUUAAGUUCUACGAAAAAGGAGCACGCCGUGUUCACUGACACUCAUCUUUAAGACAAGAUCCCUACAUCAAAUCAGGUAUCACAGUUCAAAUUCAAAUUCAGUUCAAACCAACACAGUAAAACAUGGCAGCUGGUAUUCGGUCUAACAAAUCUGGUCAGAAUGGAAAAACAUUUAGACAAUUUAGUGCUUGAAAAAUAUGAUUUAGGAAGUAAAAAUUCUCUAAUAUUGUUCUUCCAUUGUGAAAUAUUGUUCAUCAUUGAUGUCUAAUAAUCACUGGGAACAGUGUUAACAAUGUUUUAAUAAUGUUCAGAUCCAAAGUUGUAAAAGAAAGCCAGACCCAGAAAACCUAAGGGAAGGCGAAGAAUAAUGGUUAUUUUACUGCAGCAUUCAUCUUAAACUAUAUUGAAACAGGUGUUGUCUCCUCCUACCCCACUGCAUGUGUGUCCCUGUUGGGACUAAUAGUCACUUGUGUACAGGCAACAUCCAUGAAUACAGUUCGAAUACGGACCCAGGUUGUUGGUCAAAAAGCUGCAGUAUCUUAGCUCCAUAGCGUAAAUGUGUCCACAUCUGGAUUGUAAUGUAACCCUGCUCAGAUUAAGAAUUAGAACAGUCCUUAAAUGACUUUUAACAAACUGACUGAAUCUUCUGGGUGUAUUAUGGUCUCUGCUUGCCAACUGUUUGUAGUUUAGCAGGUUUGCUUUUCACGAUCCGGAAUCAAACCAGUGUAGAAAUCAAUUAAAGUCCAAGGUUUCAGUCGCCUGCUUUAACAAGUAAUUGUGCCGAGUAAGCUUACACCUUAUCAGCAGCAAUAGUCCUUUAUUUGUAGUAAUAAACAUGGCCUUGGUGUUUGUUUUAUGAAAAAAAAUGCCAACUGUUUUUUUGUUUUUUUGUUUUUUUGAUGUGUGUUAAAUGUGGCUGGGAAUUACAGAUGUGCCGUCUGAAUGUUGUGAUUAUGUGAUGUAACUUGAAAGCCCAAUGUGAGAUUCUUUUUUUACCGUAUCAGUCGUGGACAUACAGUUUACUGCAAUUUAAAUGUAGAAGGGACGUAAUGAAAUCAAGCUUUGUUCAGCUGUAGUGACGCUGAAUGUCUGGUUCUGAUUUCAUAGCUGUCAGUGGGAUUCAGACUCAAUGUUGUUUGUGUGUGGCCUAAUUUUUAUUGUAUCAAGAAGGAAUGAAAAAAUCUCUGUAAUGUCCUGUUUCAGUGUUUUAGCAGGAAUGAAACAUUGUUUAUAUUGGGAUUCCACAGAUUGGGCUUUUAAUUUUUAGGGGCUAAACAUCAAAGAAACAGUAUUUAUCAGAACAAGAUUUCUGUGUAAUGUUGAUGGGUUUUUGUGCACAAAAUUGAAGCCCCCUGUAUUGUUAUAAAACCUUUUCUUUUUUACACUGGCAGUAUUACUUAUGGUUGUUGUAUUAAAAAAAAGUCUUAUUUAUAGAUGACUUCCUUGAUCAAUGUUUGUGUUUUUCUGGGAAAUUAUAAAUAAUGAUAAAGAAAA